AAAGCAAUAGGUCGGCGGUGCGUGUUUAGUGGAUGUGGUGGGUGGUGGGCUCUCUCUCUCCAGUCUACUCGGGUCGAUAAGGAAGAGAUCGGUACGAGCCGCAGACAGACGCUCUCUCGCUCUCUCCAACUCCUGAACCCCGAUCACAGCAUCCUCCUCAGCACCACACGACGAGCCACGAGAGUCUUUCACGCGCCACGAAAAAAGGCGAUAUGUUCCUCCUCGGAAUCCUCAUCAGCUUCAUCUCACGAGGGGUGCACGGCGUCCCGUCUGCCCAGCACGACUUUGCCUUACAUGGGGACGGCGCUGCUAUCGACUGCAUGGACAUGCGGCGCUCGUGCCUGGACCAGCGUCAGUGCCGGCACCUGUACGACCAGCUGGACGCCUGCGUGGAGAACCAGGCCAGCGGUACCCUGGAGCCCGAGGAGAGGCAGGGCUGCCUGGAGGUGCAGAGUGCCCUGCUGCAGGUCAAGCGCCACCUCCUGGAUUGUCGCUGCCAGCGUGGUUCGCGCAAAGAGGAGCGCUGCCUACGGAUCUACUGGACAUUCAGGUUCCCUCAAGGUUAUGAUGACAUUGAAUCAUCCCCUUAUGAUGACAUUGAAGAGGAGCUUCGGAGGAGCCUGGACAUUCACCGAAUCGCCUCUUUUGUGACAGCCUCUCUCUCCCCCUCGCUGGAUGGCCAGAGCGCGUGUCUGAAGGCGGCACAGGAUUGCGGUGUGUUUGAGAAGUGCGGCGCGCUGCGUUCCGAGUAUGCGCUGGCGUGCACCAAGCCGGCGGGCGAGGGCUCGGACCACUGCAACCGCCAGCGCUGCCACCGGACACUGCGGCGCUUCCUGGAGCGCGUGCCGGAGGACUACAGUCUGCCGCUGCUCUUCUGCCCCUGUGCCGACCCCCUGUGCGGGGAGAGGAGGCGUAAGACCAUCGUGCCGUCCUGCUCGCACGAGGACCACGAGCGAGGCCGGCAGCCAAACUGCCUUCACCUGAGGGGCCUCUGUCUGAAGGACGACCUGUGCAAGGCCAGGUUGGCAGACUUCCAGCACCACUGCCAGCCCUCUCCUCUCUCCUUCUCCCCGUCCGGCUGUGCCAGGGAGAGCCGAGCCAUGUGCCUCAAAGCCUACACCGGACUCAUCGGCACCCUGAUGACCCCUAACUAUGUCAGCAACAGCAGUAUGGAUGUGUCUCUGUGGUGUAACUGUGAGGGCAGUGGGAACCACUGGGAGGACUGCCAGCACUUCCAGCGCAUCUUCACUCAAAACACCUGCCUCAGCAGCUCCAUCAGCACCAUGGGCAGCUUCGAGCCAGUGGAGGAAGAGGAUGAUUUAGUCCCGCCCACUCCGGCCCCGUCCCAACUCACGCAGCACCACCUCAAUGUCAACCUGCACUUUGCACUCAACUCUGUGGAGACCAGCGAAGAGGAUAAAGAGGCGGAAGAGGACCACCUCCAGGACACUGCAGCAUCAUCAUCAGCAGCAUCAGAAGCUGAUGGAGGAAGAGGAGAGGAAGAGCUGGCCAACCGCAUCCCCGUCAUCCCCUCCUACUCGGAGAAGGCCACCGUCUCCAACCUCAACUCGGCCGCCUGGAGUCUACACCACCCGGGCACCACCACCUCCAUCACUCUCAGCCUACAGCGCCACCUAGUGCUCUCUCUGCUGCUCUGCUCUGCCCUCACCUGGGUGCUAAACUGAUACCUUGAUACCUUACUACUGCAGCUCAUGUACACACGCGUACAUCUUUGUGAGCACAUAUACACACCUGCAUACACACAUAAGCGUGCAUGUGAGCGCGCACACACACAUGCACACAUGUACACAAACGCGUGCUUACACACACACACACAUGCACACACACACACAUU